AUGGUAAACGCUACUACGACUUUCAACACUGCUGCAGCUCGUAGACAGGAAUCAAAGGACUUUGGAAUACACGACGUAUGGGCAGACAACCUCGAAAUGGAGUUUGCCGCUAUGAGACAUGCUAUAGACCAGUAUCCUUAUGUGUCCAUGGACACCGAAUUUCCAGGCAUCGUAGUCCGACCAAUAGGAAAUUUCAAGACUGGGACAGACUAUCACUUUCAGACGAUGAGAUGUAACGUGGAUGUUCUCAAAGUCAUACAGCUGGGUAUAACGUUGAGUGACGAAAAUGGGAAUUCACCGGAGGUUCCAACGUGGCAGUUCAACUUUGCUUUCAACCUGGAAGAAGACAUGUACGCCCCGGACUCUAUCGAACUCUUGAAAAACUCGGGGAUUGACUUCAAACGAAAUGAAGAGGAGGGCAUAGAUGUGGAACAUUUCAGCGAGUUGUUGGUCACUUCUGGACUCGUCUUGUUCGAUAACGUCAAAUGGGUAUCUUUUCACUCUGGGUACGACUUCGGCUAUCUUCUCAAACUCCUCACCAACGAACCUUUACCAUCCACCGAGACCGAAUUCUUCCGCCUCCUGUUCAUCUGGUUCCCCUGCAUAUACGACAUCAAACAUGUCGUUCGAUCUGUCAAAACUCUCCGUGGAGGUUUACAAGAGAUAGCGGAGAGUCUGGGUGUACAACGGAUAGGACCUCAACAUCAAGCAGGGAGUGAUAGUCUUCUUACGGCGGCGGUAUUUUUCAGAAUACGAGCUACAUACUUCAACAAUGAAUUGGACGAUGAGUACUACAGAAAUUAUCUAUAUGGCUUCUCCUCUGGCCGACAUGGCCGGUCAUCCCCCCCCUCCACCACAGCGGGGAUAAUACAAGAACGACCAUACUAG